AUGCUACAGAGUCAUCCAGCUCGGUGCUGGCGAGCCCUGCGACGACGAUGCGCCUCUAAUGUCCGGUUUUACUCUGGAUAUUCACAUAAUCCGCCUCCAUGGAGACCUGUUUCAGCUCUGGAUGACUGGGUGGAACGUGACAUUCGGCCCAUCAGUCUUCGACAGUUGACAUUUUUUGGUCGGACUUUGACAGAAUCGCGACUUAUCAGCUCUGCCAACUAUGUGAGAACAGAAUUGCCAACCAGGAUUGCGCACCGUUUGCGAGAUAUCCAAAAACUGCCAUAUGUGGUGGUUGCGAACCCACACCUCUCCCUCGUAUAUGAACUCUACUACAAGGCAUUUGAAAGGUUUCGGGUCGUGCCCGAGAUCAGAACUCUGGACGACAAUGAUAGGUUUUGUGAUGUUCUUCGCGACACGCUCAAGGAUCAUCUUGUGGUGAUCCCUCAGUUAGCAAUGGGUGUCUUAGAGUGUCGGGGUCUCGUACCACCAGAUAUCAUGGACCACUUCAUGAAUACACUUUUGCGAGCGAGAAUCUCCCGCCGCGUCAUCGCAGAGCAACACUUGGCUUUAACCGAUACUUUCAAUUCCCCGUGGCAUUUCCCUGACUCCCACGACCGCACAGAUGUAAAUGCCGAAUUUGUAGGCGAGGUUUUUCUCAAAUGCAACGCCAAGGAAGUCAUCGAACGGUGUGGGAAGCUUGCCCAAGACAUGAUGCGCCAAAGCUCUGGGUCGGAUAAGAUCCCCGAGAUAACCGUGCAGGGCCAUCUGGACGCCACCUUCCCCUAUAUCCUAAGCCAUUUGGAAUAUAUCAUUGGCGAGCUUUUGCGCAAUUCCAUACAGGCUGUCGGUGAAAAAUACAAGACUUCUGCCACGAAGCCGCCACCCAUUGAUGUGCUUAUCUGCGAAGCACCACAACAUGUCAUUAUGCGUAUAUCUGACCAGGGAGGAGGUGUACCUCGCGAGAUCCUCCCAUAUCUAUGGUCUUUCAAUAAGGGACCCCACAGCCAAGCACGGCUUCAAAAUCUAGGACAAGUACCUGCGAUGGCGGCCACAAUGCAAGAGCUGACGGUGCCCAAAGAGAGGAAGCGUGCGGAUAAAGACACUUUCCGCGAAGACUCGCUGCACUCGUUGACCUCACGGCCCCCAAAUCUUCGUCUUGGGAUGGGGUUGCCUAUGAGCAGGGUCUAUGCUGAGUAUUGGGCGGGUAGUCUGGAGCUACAUAGCCUGGAAGGGUAUGGUGUUGAUGCGUUCCUUCAAAUAUCGAAGCUUGGCAACAAGAAUGAGCAGGUGACCACGAGGGCUUCUAUCGAUGCUGUAUGA